AUGCCAGCGGGAGCUCUGGAGCCCUCCACCCCGCCCUCAGCGGCACUAACCCCGGCUCUCACGGACCACAAGCCGCACGCUGUCUCCGAGAGUAGGAAGUCGUCCAAACCAAUCAUGGAGAAAAGGAGGCGAGCCAGAAUCAACGAGAGCCUGGGGCAGCUCAAGACCCUGAUCCUGGAGGCCCUGAAGAAAGAUACUUCCAGACAUUCCAAACUGGAGAAGGCCGACAUCCUGGAGAUGACCGUCAAACACCUGAGGAACCUGCAGCGGCUGCAGAUCACAGCUGCAGUCCACACGGAGCCGGGGCUUCUGGGUAAAUACCGCGCUGGCUUCAGUGAGUGUGUGGGAGAGGUGACGCGCUUCCUGUCCUCGUGUGACGUCCACAGUGACGUCCGCAGCCGUCUCCUGAGUCACCUGUCCUUCUGUGUGUCCCACAUGUACCCCCCGCUGCCGGGGCCCCUGGCCUGUAAGGGCCCCGAGCUGCUCAGCCUGUACUCUGCACAGGUGCAGCUGGUGCAGAGGCCCGAGGGUCAUGUGACCUGUGUCCUGGUGCCCAGCGCCCCCCCGCCCACGUCCCAGAGCUCCCUGUCCCCCCUGUCCCCCCUGCGGCCCGCCCUCACAGCAGACUCUGUGUGGCGGCCCUGGUAG